AUGCAGUGGGGCCCGUCGCCGGCCGCGCCGUCGCCAGCCUACGCGCAAGCGCCGGGCCAGGGGCUGCUCAGCCCGCAGGCGUACGCGUCUGGCGGCGCCACCUACUCCUUCACCGCCGACUUUCGGCCGCCGCCCGCGCCGCCCGCGCCGCCCGAGCCGUCGCCGCUUCUCGCCGCCACCUCCUCCUUCAAACCCGUCAUCAGCAAGGUGAUGGCGGCGGCGGCGCGGCGGCGGCGGCCAGCGGUGGGCCGGGGCUGGGCCCCGCCCACGCGCACGCGGCGGCGGCAGCGGCGGCGGCGGCCGCGGCGCAGAGAGGCCCAGCGGCCCAACCUCUGCCGCAUCUGCGGCAAGACCUACGCACGGCCCAGCACCCUCAAGACGCACCUGCGCACGCACUCGGGCGAGAAGCCCUACCGCUGCGGAGACUGCAACAAGUCGUUCAGCCAGGCCGCCAAUCUCACCGCGCACGUGCGCACGCACUCGGGCGAGAAGCCGUUCCGCUGCCCCAUCUGCGACCGGCGCUUCUCGCAGUCCUCGUCCGUCACCACGCACAUGCGCACGCACUCCGGGGAGCGACCGUACCGCUGCCGCCUGUGCAAGAAGGCCUUCUCCGACUCGUCCACGCUCACCAAGCACCUGCGCAUCCACUCGGGCGAAAAGCCCUACCAGUGCAAACUGUGCCUGCUGCGCUUCUCGCAGUCGGGCAACCUCAACCGCCACAUGCGCGUGCACGGGGCGAGCGGCGGCGCGGGGGGCGCGAGCGCUCUGGGCGGAUCGACGGGCGCGGGCGCGGGCGUGGGCAUGGGCACGAGCACAGGGGCAGGCGCGGGCGCGGGCGGCGGAGGGCUCGGGCCUGCCUGA